AUGAAUUCUGAAAUAUAUCUAGUUAAGUUAAAUCAACUAUUCUGGCAUAGUAAACUGUUAUCCACAAAUCCUGUGACUUUACAAAUUCGUUCUGGUAAUCUCAAUACAAAUUGGGAAAAAUCUGAGAAUCUACAAAUUGAACUCAAAAAAUAUAACUCUCUUUAAGAAGGAAUCUUAGAUAUAGGUGAAAUGCUUAAACUUAAAUUAAGAUAAGGAUAUCAUGAAAUUAAGUCUUCAGAAAUAGUUAAAAUAUAUGAAUAGAUUAAUUUUCCAGAAGCAGAAUAUAUGUAUGAAUUAGAUUUGAAAUACAAAUAGUUUCAAUAAUAAAAAGGGCUAAUUGAUGAUAAGUAACUUACUAAGAAAGAAUAAAUUGUACAAAAAAUUGAAAGAAAAUAAAAAUAACCAGGAUUAAAUUACCCAGAAAAGUCAUGCUCUUAAUUAUUAGAUGAUGCUACCCAAGGUAAAUUAGUCUCAGUAUGGCCAAAAAAUAAAAUGAGACCUAAUCUUGGAGAAAAUUUAGGAUUAGGACCUACUUUUUCAACUAGUUAAAGGAUAUCAUGUUUAUUAGCCUAGAAUUGGACUGUGUCAGUAGAUCCAAAAGGAUAUUAUAUGAGUGAAAAAUUAGAUGGAAUGAGAAUGAUAUGGACAGGAAUGGAGAUGUUUACUAGAAAUGGAUAUUCAUUAAAAUUUCCAUCUUAUUUUAUUGAAGGUUGGCCAACAACUUAUUUAGAUGGAGAAUUAUGGAUUAAUCGAGGAACAUUUAAUAAGGUAUUGACAUCAGUCAGAAAAAGAAUUCCAGAUCCUAAUGCUUGGAAGACAAUAAAAUAUAUGGUAUUUGAUGCUCCAUUUCUUCAAGAACCAUUUAGUGAUAGAUAUGCAAAAUUAAAGAAGGCAAUUGAAAAAAUAAAAAAUCCUCAUCUUAUUUAUCUUCCUCAUAAAAUUUGUAGAGGAAAAGAGCAUUUAGCAGAAGAACUUGCAGAAGUAUAAAAUAAUGGUGGAGAAGGUUUAAUGUUAAGGGAUCCUGAUUCUUUAUAUGAGGGAAUUAGAUCUAAAAGCUUAUUAAAAGUUAAAUCUUCUUUGGAUGCAGAAGCUUUUAUUAUUGAUUAUAUAGAAGAUACACAUAUGAAGAAAUAAGGUAUUUUAGGAGGAUUUUUAGUACGAAAUGAUUAAGGAUUAGAAUUUGAAGUUGGUUUGGGAUUGAAAAUUGGAAUAAAAAAACAAAGACCUCCAAUUGGUACAAAAAUAACCUAUAAAUAUUGUGGGUUAGCAGAAAAUGGUUAUCCUAAAUUUCCAGAAUUUGUACGAUAAUAUCCACAAGAUAUUUGA